AUGGGCAGCCACAAAACCGGAGGCAGUGACCAGGAGAAGGUCAAGGCACUGUUGGAGCUUGCCAAGUCCCUCCAGGAACAUCUGCCCUCCUUGCUCGAUGCUCCGUCCAUCGAACCCCUGUUGCAGAGACUCUCGGACGCGACCCAGACCGCCAGCUGCGUUGUGCCAAAAUCGGCGCUGAAGAAACGCUCAGGCGUGGAGCUCGCGAGCCGCGCGAGAGAGCUGUUCAACCUCUGCGUCGCCAGUGAACGCAGUCAAUCUGCGGAGAUGCUCCCAGUCCGAACGAAGCUGCUGCUGCAGAGCCGUCUGUUGGCAUUUCUGAUGAUGCAUCUGGCUCUUUGGACAGGGGACGAAGGAUUAGACGUCAAGAUGGGGGAUGUGGAGUUGCUCUUCUCCAUGGUGUUCAAGGUUGCGACACUCUUCAUAGGCGACGAGGACCACGGCAGUGCGGUCACAGUUCUGCAGAAGGCUGCAGAAUAUACUUUGCUUUUCCCCAGGCUGCGUCCAAGCCUCGAUCCUGACGAGCUCGAAUUGUCUCACCGACUGGAAGCAGAAUAUCUGAUUCUUCGUACAGCUCUUGCCCUGAAGGAGUCUCGCAUUGACAUUGCCGAGCACAUGUAUGCCAAGGUCGAGCAGCUGCGAGCAUCUCUAGAUCCGACGUCGGCUGAAAACCUAGCUGAGGUUCUGUUUGCCACUGCUCUGGAUAGAUUAUCCCAACGAGCCGCCCAUCUACGCCUCAUUAUCGGUGGUGCUUUUGUCAACGCCCUUCUCAGCACGGAAGAGCCCCAAGAUUUCGAGACUGCAUCCAACAUUGUCCAAAGCAUAUCCUCAGAGGUUGGCGAAACUCCCGUCGUGUUAGUCCUACGCCUUGAGGUUCUUCAACGAUCGAGACCGGAGGUGUUUGACAAGGAGGCUUACGCCACUUGCAUCCUUGGUCUAGUGAGGAGCUUCAACCACUCCGAGCCGUACUACAGAUUGAUCGAGCCGCACACAUGGAAUUUGUUUCAGUUGGAUCAAGACUUGGGAUGUGACAUCACCGACGAGUGGCUCAGAACCCGAAUCGCAAAUUCCGAGCGGGAUGCCUGGGUUGAACGGGCAGUCUUGCGACGACUUUCCAUGUCUGGUAAAUCACUGAAAGCCUCGACCGCCGUGGCUGCACAUACCAUCAUCUGGAAGAAGAUCGAAACCCUGCCGGAGUCUGAUCAUGCAGAGGCCAGGAACGCAGUUGAGAAUAACGCCCCGAAAGAAGUGCUGCUCGACGUCAUAAGUCAUUACAUCGCCGAGCCUCCGAGUGAGCCGCUGGCAAACUAUCUCAUUUAUAAAGCUGGGCUGCGAUAUCAACUUCAUGAUUUUGUCAAGCAAGGCCUUGAGGGUCUCGCCAAGACAGGUAUCAAGGACCCCUCGCUCUUAUACGCCUGCAUUCUUGAUGCACAGAAAACUGGCGAUAAUUUGCACCGCCCAGCACUCUUGAGAUCUGCCAUUCGAUGUUUGCAGGACGCCAUGGGCGAUGAUGCUACCGUUGCCUCGGGUUCCACGUCGAAGGUGGAGAGACAGCUGGUCGAAGAGCUCUGUCAGGCAUUUGAACACGCUGUGGAGGACAUCAAGCGCGCUCCAAAGGACCCUCAGGGUAACCUACUCUAUACUGUCAAAGAGCUCCACUGGUUCUGCAAGAACUCGUACAACCUUGGGAUCAGCCGCUUGGGCUCGUGGGAUCUCGACCACAUCAUACGAAUGAUGCAGGUCGGGCUCGCAGUGCGCGAGUACUAUCCAUCCGACAUCCCGACGCAAGAGGCCGAUGACAUUCGUCUCAGGUCUACACUUAGCCACUUUGUCGUCGCUUCAGCAAUGGUUUCGGUAGCCCGCACUCAAGAUGAUCUCGAGCGACAAUCGCAAGUGUAUAGCUCACUCAGGCAACAUGUGGUGGCAUUUGACACUCAGAUUCAGGAGCGCAUGUGUCUCAACAAGAUGGACAAGCUGACGUCAAAAGACCUAUAUCAGAAGUUUGCCAGCUUGCUGGUCUUUGAUCUCGAGGCAGCCGUUCAUCUAAAGCUAUACAAUGAGCUGAGUGGAAUCGUGCGCAGAGCCAAGCAAUGCGCUUCUGUCGAAACCUUCAAGUCCAUGGCGGAUUGUCUUCUCAGGGGGCACGCCCCCCCGCGAGACCUCUAUUCGGCGCUGAGACAGAUCAUCAACGAAAUCUGGAACCUUGAGCGGUUCGACCCGACGAGGCUGGCCAAGUACAUGCGAUGUCUGUUCCAGGCCGUGCUCCCACUUGAGAGCGAACUGGGCAGACAGAUUUUGCAAGAGGCGAUCAGCAAAGCUAGAGCCUCGGCAGAGAGCGGCUUCUCCUUCCCGCCCGAGGAGGUCCAGUGGCUGUUAUGGGCGCAACUUGUCUUGGAGCUAGCGCAAUAUGCUGCGGAUGGCGGCCAUCUAGGUCAACAGAUUCAGGAGCACUACGCAAAGCUUGAGCUUGAUGCUGCGUGA